AUGUUGUUUGUCUUGCUAAAACAAAUACCUCCUCAAAGCUGGGCUCGCUCCCAUUUUACUGGGAGAGCAUAUCGUGAUGCUCUAUCUAAUAAUCCGUGUGAAGCAUUUAACAUCAAGCUAGAAGAAGGUCGUGAUGCACCAAUCAUUAAUUGCAUUGAGUUCAUUAGAGAGUACAUUAUGAAGAAGAUAGUCAAAGUUGACAAAGAAAUUCAAAAACUUUUAGGUCCUUUGACUCCUACAGCUACAACAAUAUUGGAUAAGAUAAAGAUUGCUAUUUGGGACACGAGGAGGAAUAGUGUAGGUAUCCCAGAAUCAUUUGUGCAUCCAUGUUACUGCUUAUCAAGAUGGAAAGAGAUGUAUUCUCUUAAGUGUUCCCAUUGGAAGACCAAAGAAGAAGAGAACAAUAUCAACUGUGGAAAAGAGGACUUUGUUAGAGGAAACACAACAUCGAGAGCCCACAGAUCAGUAACAUGUAAGAAGUGUAACAAUGUUGUUCAUAAUGCAAGAACCUACAAAGGGCAAAGACCAAUUGUUGGUGUGGGUGGUGGACAGUCAAAAGCCAAAGGAAAAGGGAAUGGGAAGGCAACAACUUGA